GGACGGGUUAUGUCGACUGCGCAAUCUACAGGUCGGAUUUGAUAGCACGAUACCGCUUGAAACUGAUAAGCCUGGCGGCGGGAAGCGCAAUGGCUGAAAAGCUGAGAAUGGCGGCAAGGGUCUUUGUGUAUGGCACGUUGAAGCGCGGUGAGCCCAAUCACCACUGGCUGACGAAAAAGGAGAACGGCCAAGCCCGAUUCCUUGGAAGGGGGAAAACGGAAACGAAGUUUCCCCUGGUUGUCGGAACCCGCUACAACAUCCCAUUUCUGCUCGCCCGCCCGGGUGAGGGGAACCACAUAGAAGGCGAAGUCUACGAAGUGGACGAGACCAUGCUCUCCAAACUGGACAUACUAGAAGACUACCCGGACUACUAUGAUCGCGAGCAACAAACCAUAUUAAUGGAACAGAAUGAAACCAUUCAGUGCUGGCUGUACCUGAUUCGCAACUUCCCAGACAAGAUGCUGGCCAAGGAGCUGCUGAUCUCGUACCACAACACGCCGGAGAGGCCGUACAAUGAAAAGUCAGUACGCACUGUUUCAGCCAGAGAUGAUCUUUCUUACUGAUUUUGCAGCUACUUGGACAGCUGCCCGGAAGACCUCGCCAUGGAAAAGUGAGAAACGGAAACGUAUAAAAAAGUAACGUUUAUAAACGGAUUUCAACGCAUGGGUAUUAUUCGUAUUGUAUUACAUUAAUCCAUUUUUCAAAAUGCAAAACGAAAUG